AUGAGUGGAGAUUUUCACUUGUCAUCGUCGGAAAGAAUUGAAAUUGUCAAAUGGUAUGCCAUACACGAAAAUGCAGCCGAAGUUGCUCGUCAGUUUCAAUAUCGUUAUGACCAAACUCCUCCGUCACGAAAGCACAUUUUGAACCUUGUACGAAAAUUUGAUGAAACCGGAAGUGCCCAAGACGCAAUCAUAUCUGGACGACCUAGAUCUGUUAAUACCGAGGAGAACAAAGAACGUGUUCGUGCUGCUUUUCAAGAAAAUCCUACAACAUCAUCGAGAAGAGCUGCUUUGGAGUUAAAUCUGUCAAGAACCAGUCUCCAACGAAUGAUGAAAGAGCUAGGAUUGAAACCAUAUCGACCUCAGCUCCUUCAUGCGUUGCAUGAUGAUGAUCCCGAUAGACGUUGUGAAUUUGCCGAAAUUUUUCUAAACUUGGUCGAUGACGACCCUUCGUUACUUGACCGAAUUUUUUGGACUGACGAAUCCACCUUCAAGUUGAAUGGGCAUGUUAAUCGGCAUAAUUGCGUUUAUUAUGCUACAGAAAAUCCUCACAUAGUGAUCAGCCAAGUGAUGAAUGCUCCAGGUGUUAUUGUAUGGGCUGGUAUUUGGUCUGGCGGUAUUAUCGGACCAUUCUUCUUUCAUGACACCGUUACUGCCGAGAGUUAUCUUGAAAAACUGAAUGAUGAAAUUUUUCCUGCUAUUGAGAAUCGAAUGAAUUUAGAAGAGACAUUUUACAUGCACGAUGGAGCACCACCUCAUUAUGCGCAACCAGUUCGACAAUUCUUGCAUGAGACAUUUCCUGAUCGGUGGAUUGGACGUCGUGGACCCAUUGACUGGCCAGCGCGGUCGCCAGACUUAACACCGACUGAUUUUUUCUUAUGGCCAGUGAUCAAAGACCGUGUCUAUGCGACAAAGCCUCAGAAUAUUCAAGCACUUAAUGAUGCUAUUACUACCGAAAUGCAACGUUUGCCAGAAGAUUUAUGUCGAAGGGCUUGUCAAUCAGUAUCCGAAAGAUUACACUUUGCAAAGACUUAG